ACGUCGGGCUCGGGGUGUGGAUGACGUGCAGACGUCGUAGUCUGGGCACGAAUUACGUCACGACGUCGGAGGUUGGGGCAGGGAGCAGCGGGUGAUCAGUCGGUGCCGGUUCCUUGUUUUGAUUUGGGACAGGGGCACGGGGCGGACAUACUCCGGCUGCAAACGGUCAGCUAACCGGGGGCCUCGGGUGCUGGGGGGAGGCUAAGAGAUGUGGGGCGCCCAGCACGAAGAGGGCCAGCCGCUGCUGGGCCCGGCUCCGGUCGGCAGCCGGCUGUACCGGCGCCGUUGGCUGAUCCUGGCCGCCUUCUCGCUGCUCGGAUUCGUGCAGGGCCUCCUGUGGAACUCGUGGGGCCCCAUCCAGAACUCGGCCAAGCAGGCCCUAGGUUUCAGCACCCUGGACAUCACGCUGCUGGUGCUGUGGGGCCCCAUCGGCUUCCUGCCCUGCUUCAUCUUCAUGUGGCUGAUGGACAAGAAAG